GCAGUGCUCGCACGCAACUCAGACUUACAAACGGGACAACCAAUUGUUCCAGCGAAAGAGGAACCAUAUAUAUAUUAAGGAAAAGGAAGGUACUUCACGUUACCUUUUCUUCGUUCUCUCUCUCUCUCUCUCUCUCUCUCUCUUUUUCGUCGCAAUUCUACAAAUUGGCAUUCUUAAAAGAAGGAGAAAUUUUUUUUUUCAAGAAUCGUGUUAGGUUCGUGUGCCACGCCAAUCACCUAACAGAGAAGAGGAUGAAAUCCAUAUCUCUAGCUUUUAUUGCGGUGCUUCUUGCUGUGCUGCACAUAGCAGCUGCUGCAAAGAAUAACACCAACCCUACGGAGGUGACCAUUGCCAUGUCGAGCACGACGGCCACGGGUCUCACAAUUGGUAUUGCACUCAUCGGAGUUCUCUGGUUCGGCCUGAGCAUGAUGCAGGGCAUCCAGAUCUCCGAUACGAUUACGGAAGCAGCGACGGAAAGCAGCUGAGCAACUCUGUUCGCAAGCAGUUUGUGUCUUAUUCUGAGAAAAGAGGCUGUAAAGAUUUAUUUGAGAGUUGUACCGUGUAGGUGUUAGCGUUUUUGUUGUUGUUUUUAUCCAUCGCACAUGUUUUACCCGUGAUGAUCGUUGUCGUACUUGAUAAUACAAAUAGAAGUGAAAGAUGAGACUCAUCCUUGCUUGAGCGAUCGAACUCUUUUCCUUUGUUCGUUAGCCUUUUUUUUGUGGCUGUGGUAGGACAUUUACUCUUCUUGUAUCACUGCAAAAUACACAAGUGUAAAAUGCAUACCUAUCGACACCUCACCAUUUAUUUUAAUAAAUAUUUUUUGACGUUACUGUAAGCGCUGAAAAGGCAGAAAGCUGUGCAACAUUAGUUCGCGCACCGCAAUUUCUAUGCGCAUUAUUACUAUUAUUUUUAUUAUUUAAGCGUCCCUUUCUUUCUCGAGAUUGUACCCUCGUGCUGUUCUUUCUUUUCUCACAUCCUGCUUUGCUCCAAUACGAAGAUUCACAUCGUAAAGGGCCUCAUCAUAUCUGCGAACAGCAGUACACAAAUGUGCAACAAUUCAUCAGAAAUCCAAGGCCACACAAUCGAUCCCGAACUAUACAAUGUAGAAUGCCCACGAAGUGUGUGGAACCGCAUGGCAGUUAUUUACCAUAUGACGCGCACAAAUCUCAAAGUGGAAGUGCCCGAUGAGGUGUUGAUGGCGGCCUGCAUGUCGUAUGCUCUGAAAGGAUGCUGCGCAAGCACCAAGCUACCCGGGCUGCUUGAGAUGCGAAAAGACGUUAAUGAGGUGGAUGUGGCUGCGGUCGAGGCGUUAAUAUUCGAAUAUGUGAGACCAAAUGUCAUUUUGAUCGAGAGCUGUUUGCGGCUUGAACUCAAAACGCUGACAUUGCACGCACCAAAUGUGUAUAGAAACCGUGAAUGCAUGGCGCGCGUAGCUCUUGCGCUGUCACAAAAGCUUUACGUCUGCUAUCUUUGCCUUUAUCCUGAAACGUGCGCGCGUGCAUGCCUGUUGGCGGCGUGCUCCUUGUGUUUCAUCGAAGUGGAUCGCACGCAACUUCCUAAAGAGUUUGCAUCUCAGCUGUUGAAUAAGGUUUACACACACCUUAUGUCUACCAACCGUGUUGUUUAG